GGCCGAGCCGGGACUAGAUUCAGUGACCUUCUUGCUGUGAGGUGACAGUGCUGACUACUGAGCCACGGUGUCGCCCAUUGUUUCAUGUUCAAACGACUUAAAUUCAUAAAAUGAUUCAUUAAUUAAUUAAAUUGGGUCAACAUGAAGGAACAGCGUGGAAGCAUGUUUUGCAGUGUAUAACUUUUAUGUUCAGACAUGUCUAGACAAAUAUGCUCUAAAUCCCAAACUGUUUCAGUCCUCAGAUAGCUUGUACAGACGUGGAACAGUGUUUCUUUAGCAUGUGAAAAAUAUUUGCAGUCACAAAACAUUACAUCUUACUUAGAGAUUACAGUAGGAAGGACAGCCAGUCGCUUUAAAAGUAGGAACAGAAUGUAGCUUUGCUGGAAUAUGAAAUAAAAAAUGAAACAAAAAAAAAAAAUCUAUUGCACAGCCCUAGUCAUUAUAUCACCUUUAUAGUGCAAGUAGUCUCCUAGUGGUUCAGGGACUCUACGCAGCUUGAGUACUGUGUGUAUAUGAGAAACUAGUCUAGCUAUUUGUAAGAAGUUGCAUGUAUUAAAAAUACAUUUUUAUUGUCAAUGUAUGAACAGCUUGUAACAUGAAAAGCUUUCUCUGACGUUCAAGGAUGUCUAUGAAAACCAGAUAAAUUUUAUGUUAAUGACUUGGGAGGUUUUUGCAGAGAAAAUCAAAAGCAUGCGAUGUUUACACAUUUUCCCGAGAGCCUCUCUUCUGCUCUGACACAUGAAAGCCUAGACAAUGUUCAAAAUAAUGCCAAAAAGUAAUGUCAAUGUGACAAAAUAAGAAAAGAAAACUCAAAUGAUGGUCUCAUAUUGGCAUUUCUGCUGUAAAUGGUGCAUUGUUACUGCUGUAACAAUAAUAACAGUGUCAUUUUCAUUAACUCAUCUGCUGACAUGAUGCUGAUGAGCUGCGAACUUGUGCAAAUAUAUUCAUACUGCUAUGAUCAGAUGCUUUCUCAGCUGUUGUUUUCUCAUCACUGGCAUGAUUACUGGUCAUGUGUUAUACAGUGUUAAUUUCGUUGACGAAGACUAUGACGAAAAUUAUUCGUCAACGAACAUUUUUUACAGACGAAAACUAAAUAAAAACUAAAUAAAAAGUCAGAUACGAUGACGAAGACGAUGACGAAAUUUAACUGACACUUUAGUCAACGAAUAAAAACGAGAGGAAAAUGUUGGGGCGGGACGAAUGGAGAAGAGAUCCAAUAAGAACUACCCUUUUGUGGGGAAACCCAAUCAGAGCGAAUCUUUUGAGGGCAGGUUGAUCUUGGCAAAGCCAUUUUCAAAACAAAAGCCGCGGUUUUCAAGUUAUGAUGACGUUUGUUAUACAUUAUAUUUAGUUACACAUUAUACUCGGUUACAAAGCGUUGGUUAAUUUAAGUUGACUUUUCUCGUUAGCAACACGCUAAAGUUUUGUUCACUCGGUCCGAGCGCAGCGUCUCAUGAACAGACAGACAGAAAUGUCAGAGCUUGGUCUAGGACGAAAACGAAGAAUUGACAUCUGGUCAAACUUCACAUAUGACAACAAGGACAACAAGAGCGUCUGUAAACCAUGUGGAGUAAAAAUCGCUGGGAAAAACACCACCAACUUGAAGCGACAUUUACAGACGGCUCAUCCAGAAAUCCACACCAAGAUACAGAAGAUGUCUGAUGACCAUGGGCCAGGUGGAAAUAAAGCUAGUGAUGCUACUAGUACAACACAGCAGCAGGCCAUCUCAGAUUUCCUAAGGUCUUCAAAGUACAAGACUGAAUCAAAGGAACAACAGACCAAGGAGCAGGCCAUAGCUAGAUGGAUUGGACGGACAGGUUUACCACUCACAACAGUUGAGGAUGAGGACUUUGUGCUAAUGAUGGGGAUGAUAGAUGGGAGACUAACAGUUCCAAAGAAAACUAAAAUUAGCAAUUUAAUUGAAACACAGUAUGAACAUGAAAGACAGAAGUUCAGAGAGAGUCUGGCUGCUGCCCGGAAAGUAUCCAUUGGCCUUGACUUGUGGACAAAAAAAGGAUUGACAGCCUCAUUCCUUGCUAUAAGUGCAUGCUACUUUUGUGUUGAAAAAAGUAAACCUGCACACAUAUUGUUGGCCCUUCAACAAGUAGGUCACCCACACACUGCACAGGCUAUUAAGGCAUGUGUGGACAAAUGCAUGCAAGAGUGGACCAUACCAAAGGAGAAGAUCCUGACUGUAAUAACGGACAAUGGGAGUAACAUGGUGGCAGCCUUUAAAAACACCACAGCAGAAGAAACCAGCUCUGAGGACGACUCCCCUGGGUCCACAAUCGAGAGUGACUCUGAAAUUGAUGACCAGCGGUAUCGUCAUGUCGACAUGGAAUUGGACCGGACACCAUGUGUUGUGCAUACCAUACAACUGGUGGUCCACAUGUUGCAGAAAGAAACAACUGUCAAAAGAGUUCUCGAUAAAGCUAGGUCUGUGGUGAAGCUCUUUCGCAAGUCCUCAGUUGCAACACAAAAGUUAUUGGACCAAUGUGGUGUUAUUGUUGUAAAUGACUGCCCCACACGCUGGUCAAGCACAUUUAACAUGAUCACACGACUCCUCAAAGUCAAAGAUGCAGUCUGUCAAAUCUCAAAUGACAUGGGAUGGGACAGUUUGCUUACUAGUGAGUGGCAAAAGCUUUCCUCAUUGCAUGACCUAUUGCUGCCUUUUGCAGAACACACUAAAACUCUUCAGAGUGACACCACAUCUAUGUCUCUAGUGGUUCCUGCCCUCUUUGAUCUGCUUACCCACCUAACUGACUUUGCAGUGAACACUCGGUACAGAGACCUCGCUACUCUUGCAGACAAGAUGAGAUCAAAUCUGAACCAGCGUUUUGCUUGCAUCUUGGAUACAACUGAUGAAAAGUUUUCACCACUUGCAGCAGCUGCCUGCUUUGUUAACCCAACUGUCUGUGAAAUCAUUGUUAAUGUUGAUGUUGCUAAUGGAAAUAUCCAGGAACUGCUAAAGCAGGCAGAAGACUAUGUAGUCAAAUGCACAAAACAGGAGGGCCAGUCUGAAAAUGAUGAAGAGGAGGUUAUUGAGGAACCAGAAGCAGCGCCCUCCUCAAAGCAGCCGGUGUUUAGGUUUCUCUCAAAAUGCCGCACCACAAGGCCUAAACAGAAAACCUCCACAAGCAACAUCAGGCAGCAGAUCAUCAAGUACAAGGAAGAACUCUCCCAUCCCAUCACUGAGGACACAGGAACAGACUUCUGGCUGGGAAAGAGUGACAGUGUUUACCACAGUUUAAAACCUUUUGCAUUAGACUUGUUAGCUAUGCCCGCUUCUCAAGCUUUUGCAGAGAGGGUAUUUAGCAUCACAGGUGACCUCACAAGAGGACGGCGCAACAGAGGAAGGGUCACAUUGGAGCGAAGUGCUUUCCUUAAAAUGAACAGAAACAAAUAGAAAUAUUGUAUUCACUAUUGCAACAUUUCCUGUAGUAGUAUACAAUUUACACAGGACAGUAACCGCAUGAAGAAAAUGAUGCUAACAUAGUUGUAUGGUUUUUUUUUUUGUUUGUUUGUUUAAUGUGAUUUACCUGUAUUUUCACUGCUGAGAGAGCAGAGAGGAGUUUUUAUUUACUUGAACUUUAAGGACUAUUUCUUUGGCAUUGCAGCCAAUACAUCUUUUGUUCUAACUUUAAGAAUUGCACUAAUUUGUUCUGUUCAAAAUCAUGUUGAUUUUACAGAGUAGCAAGGCAUUGUGUCUUAGAAGUUAUUUAACUUCUCUUGAGGUACAUGGACAUUUACAGUAGUGUUUAUUUUUUGUAUUUAGAUACCUUGUGAAGUGGCAUUACAACCAGUUAUUUUAAUUUUUUGAGAAUUGCACUUUAUAUUUCUUUAUGCUUUUGAUUUUGCAAAGACUGUAAAAGACAGUAAGUUCAUUGGUUAUCUAUUUCAAUAAUGCUGUACUUUAUCUUGAAAGAAUGUCAUAUGCGUUUCAUAUAAUUCCGGGACAAUGCAUAUCUUUUUCAGGGAGCAUGUAUAUUGUUCAGGGAGAGCAGGUCUUGUGGUUAUUUUUUGUGAAAAAGACUCAUGUUUUUGACAUGUAAUAAAAUGUUUUUAUUACAACAAUUA